GUCACCAGGCAUCAGGUCAUUUGGCUCGCCAGCGGGCACCGCGUCAUCUGGCAAGGCAGUGGGCACCGAGUCACCAGGCACGACAGUGGGUUCCGAGUCAACUGGCAUUGGAUCGUCUGGCUCGACAGCGGGCAUCGGGUCACCAGGCAUAACAGCGGGCACUGGGUCAUCAGGCAUUGGAUCGUCUGGCUCGACAGCGGGCAUCGGGUCACCAGGUAUGACCGCGGGCACUGGGUCAUCAGGCAUUGGAUCGUCUGGCUCGACAGCGGGCACUGGGUCAUCAGGCGUGAUAGGAUCAUCAGGCUGGAUCAGUUCAUCAGGCUGGGUACAGGCAUCAGGCUGGGUACAGGCAUCAGGCUGAGUACAGGCAUCAGGCUGGGUACA